AAGAGAGGAGGAGCCAGCGGCGGAGAGAUCGAGAGAGACAGAUGUCGGAGAGGGGGAGCGGCGGCGACAUUGAAAGCAGAACAGAGGAUUUGGCUUGGCUUGGCUUGGCCUGACGUAUUUAGGGCUUUUCUGAGCGUUGUAAGGCAUAUCAUAUUGCGCCUAAAAGUUGGGCGACUAUGAUAUUUUGGUCUCUAAUUUGGGUACGUGGCUUCCAAUUUUGCACGCAUUAGGCACCCCUAAGUUAAAGGAUUUUUAUAUGGCUUAUUUUUUUCUUUGAAUAAUAAAUGGUGAUAUGGUUGGGUAGGUUACAUUAUUGUGAACCACAUUAAAAUCCUCUUCUCCAUUGUCACUUUAAUUUGUAUGUAAUAUAAAAUUAAUUGUUGAUUAAAUAUAUUUGAAUUAGUGUGAGAAUGGAAAGCAUCACAUUCACAUGUUCAUUUAAUAUUCCAACUCACCACCCAUUCCCACAUGAUAAUCAAACUCAAACCCCCUUAUCGUCUCUUCUCUUCUCUUCUUCUCAUUUUCCUCUUUCAUCAUUAAUUUGGUGUGCACACCUCCAUUUGUGGCAGCAUUUAUAGUUCUACAUAAUAUGUUCAUUUUGCAAUAUUAUUUCCUUAUAUAUUAUAAUUCCCCUUCUCUCUUCCUAUGUUCCUCUUUCUCCCUAUCCUCCAUUCUUACUCUCCCACUCACCCAUCCUGAUUCACCACCAUGGAAAUUCACCACCACGCCGGAGGAACCCAUUCCCACCCCGAUGCCGACGCCCUGCGACGGGGAGAAGAGCGAGGGACUUACCUUGUGUGGGAGGAUCUCACCGUCAUGCUUCCUAAUUUCACCGAUGGCCCCACCAAGAGGCUACUCAAUGGCCUCCGUGGCUACGCCGAGCCCGGCCGGAUUAUGGCCAUCAUGGGCCCUUCCGGCUCCGGAAAAUCCACCCUUCUUGAUACUCUUGCAGGGAGACUCUCCAAGAAUGUGGUAAUGACUGGAAAUGUUUUCCUGAAUGGAAAGAAGAGGAAGCUCGGAAAUGGCGACGUUGCCUAUGUAACCCAAGAAGACAUACUAUUGGGAACUCUAACGGUGAAAGAAACCAUAAGCUACUCUGCCCAGCUGCGGCUUCCGAGUUCUAUGACCAAAGAUGAGCUCAACAACAUCGUGGAGGCAACGAUUUUGGAAAUGGGUCUUCAAGACUGCGCCGAUCGAUUGAUUGGGAAUUGGCAUCUUCGAGGAAUUAGUGGUGGGGAAAAGAAGAGAUUGAGUGUUGCGGUUGAAAUCCUCACACGCCCUCGUUUGCUUUUUCUUGAUGAACCCACCAGCGGCCUUGACAGUGCCUCCGCGUUCUUUGUCAUUCAAACUCUUAGAAAUGUUGCUCGUGAUGGGCGGACUGUUGUUUCUUCAAUUCACCAGCCGAGUAGUGAGGUUUUUGCGCUCUUUGAUGACCUUUUUUUGCUCUCUGGAGGUGAGGCUGUUUACUUUGGGGAAGCCAAAAUGGCUGUACAGUUCUUUGCUGAAGCUAAUUUUCCUUGUCCAAGUAGAAGGAAUCCAUCCGAUCACUUUCUUCGUUGUAUAAAUUCAGAUUUCGAUAUCGUUACAGCCACACUCAAAGGGUCUCUAAGAAUUCGAGAUAUCCCAGAAUCAUCAGACCCUUUCAUGAAUUUGGCAACGGCUCAAAUCAAGUCAUCGCUUGUUGAAAAAUAUAGGAGCUCACAGUAUGCAAGUAGAGUGAAGGCAAGAAUUCGAGAAAUCUCCACCAUUGAGGGACUUGAAGUUGAAGAUGAAAAAGGAGGCGGAGCUAGUUGGUUCAAGCAGCUUUCGACACUGACCCGUCGAUCAUUUGUUAAUAUGUGUAGGGAUGUCGGAUAUUAUUGGCUAAGGAUAAUUAUCUACGUGAUAGUCUCCUUAUGCGUCGGUACCAUCUACUUCGAUGUUGGAACCAGUUACACCGCAAUCUUAGCUCGAGGAGCCUGCGGUGGAUUUAUCACUGGCUUCAUGACAUUUAUGACUAUUGGGGGCUUUCCAUCUUUUACUGAGGAAAUGAAGAUGUUUUACAGAGAAAAGCUGAAUGGAUACUAUGGAGUUACAGUGUUUAUAUUGUCAAACUUCCUCUCUUCUUUACCGUUCUUGGUUUCGAUUUCGAUUGUUUCGGGUACCAUCACCUUCUACAUGGUGAAAUAUCGGCUGGAGUUCUCCCGCUACAUGUUCUUCUGCCUUAAUAUUUUUGGAUGCAUUUCUGUAAUAGAAGGGUUGAUGAUGGUUGUGGCUUCAUUGGUUCCAAACUUCCUGAUGGGAAUUAUAACAGGCGCUGGAAUCAUUGGUAUCAUGAUGAUGACCUCUGGCUUCUUCCGGUUGUUGCCUGACCUUCCAAAGCCCUUUUGGCGGUAUCCAAUCUCAUAUCUCAGUUAUGGCUCUUGGGCACUACAGGGUGCUUACAAAAACGACUUGAUCGGGCUCGAGUUCGAGCCAAUGAUACCGGGAAUGCCGAAGUUGAGUGGGGAGUAUGUAAUCACCAACAUGUAUGGGAUUCCAUUAAGCCAUUCCAAGUGGUGGGACUUAACAGGUCUCAUGCUCCUUGUUCUUCUAUACCGAAUUCUGUUCUUUGUUGUCUUGAAAUUCAAAGAAAGAGCUUCACCAUUUCUGCGGACAAUAUUUGCAAAGAAAACUCUGAAACAUCUCCAGAGAAGACCUUCCUUCCGAACAAUGCCUUCUAUUUCCUCUAAGAGGCACCAACCUCUUCACUCGCUUUCUUCUCAAGAAGGUCUCAACUCUCCUCUCAACUAGAAGCAGAAGCACCAAGAACGAUGACUUGGGAAGCUUGUACCUAUAACAAUGUAACUUCUAAGAGGUAUGUAGUUAGCUGCGGAUCCUCAUUUCAAUGGAAUUUCUUCGAUAUUUACUGAACUCGGUUCCUUUUCAAGUUCACCAUUAGCCCAUAUUGUCAUUUUUGAGCUUUUCCUUUCAGACUUCUCCUCAAGAUUUUUAAAACGUGCCCCUAGAGAGAGGGGAACGAAGUUUCUACACCCUUAUAAAUAAUGUUUUGUUAUCUCCCACUUCUACUAGCUAAUAACUCUUCACCUCGAAGCCCGAAUGAAACUUGAACUCUAACUAUUUGUCCCCUGCUAUUAACUCUCACCCACUUCGCCACUUGUCAGGCGGAGAGAGACGAUGCCCGAUUUGCUUGAUGAGAAACACACACACACACACAGGCCUUGCAUAGACAUCUCACUUUGAUGUUUUCUCCAUAUCUGUCACUACUUAUAAAGAUUGUAUCAACAUUGAACACUUCUCUU